AUGUCAUUAAAGGUUUUAACAUUGUCUCUACUGAUUAUUUCAGUCACUUAUGCUGCAUCUGGUAAUGCAAUUAGCUGUGGUACUGGAACUGCUGACUGCACUACUGCUUGCCCUGCAAGCUAUCCUUUACCUUAAGGUUGUGCUUGGAGUGGUACAUAACCUUCUUGUGUUGUAUCUAAUUGUGAUUGUUCUACUACAAAUCUUACUGAUUCAUACUGUUAAUCUUGUAAAGGAACACUCUACUAUGCUAAUACUGCUAUGAAUACCUGCGUUUAAUCCUCAGCUUCUUGUAAUAAUAGAAAUGUAAACAGUGUCAAGUGGACCACUUAAGAUUGCUAAACUUGUAGUGGAAAUACUAAGCAAAAAGCCAAAUCAGAUGGUUCAGCUUGUAUUAAUUCAUCAAAAAUACUAAUCUCUUCCUUAUUUGGUUUACUUUUGGUCUUAUUUGCUUGA